UCGCUAAGAAAACAAGCUAUAAAAAGCAAAAACAAAUUUGCGUGUAAAAUACAUAUGCAUAUUUAAAUUAACAAGAAUAACAGCAAUGAGCAACAGCGAGGAUUCACAGCAAUAUACUAACGAUGCUACAGUUAAAGACGAGGAUGAGGCAUCGGGUGAUGAAUCUGAGGAUGUUAUGCUACGUGAACAGGAUCGAUUUUUACCCAUUUGCAACAUAAUCAAAAUAAUGAAGGUCCCCGUGCCACCAAAUGGUAAAAUAGCCAAGGAUGCCAGAGAGUGCAUACAGGAGUGUGUCUCUGAGUUUAUAUCCUUCAUUAGCAGCGAGGCCAUCGAGCGCAGCGUUGCAGAGAAUCGCAAAACCGUUAAUGGGGAUGAUUUGCUGGUGGCUUUCAGUAAUUUAGGCUUUGAUAAUUAUGUCGAGCCACUGUCCGUUUAUUUGCAGAAGUAUAGAGAGUCGAACAAAUCGGAUCGGAAUUUGUUUCUAGAGGGCAGCUGCUAUAUGCAAUGUGAGGAUGGCAGCGAGGCUGGGAAACAGUAAUAGGAAUACGUAAAUAUCAUAGCUUAAGGGGCGUAGAAU